CAUAUCUUCUCCCUAACCCGUUCAGCUCAUCAAACCAUAACCUCUCCCUCUCACAAAUCCAUAUCCUCCUCCAUCGUCUCCGUCAACAAACCACCCACAGUUGCGUUGUCAUUUCUCUCAUCAGUCCUUUGAGUACAGGUUUUUCUAAGUCUUGUUCUAGAUUUCCAAAGUGGUUUCUAAUUCGAUAAUUAUAUACAAAUUAAGAGGAUCUGAAUUGGCUAGAUGGGAGGAUCAAGAGGCCCGUCAAAGAAGGAAAGAAAGAGACAUAUUUUAGAACAUGGAGGAAAAUUGUUGGAAGAGCGGAUAAUUUGUUGCAAAGAUAAAUGUAGAUGUAACCCCAUCAGGAAUUUUCCAGCUGAACAACUCCUCACAGCUACAAAUAACUUUCAAUCAUGUUCGGUUGGUAGCGAUAGAUUUUUUGAAUGGUACAAGUGUAGCAUCGAUGACCUCCCUGUUCUAAUUAAAAAAUAUAAUGCUUCAGAACCAAAAAUUUUCAAUCAUGUACUUAAGAAUGCAUAUCGUGACAUCGCAAUAAGUUCACAAAUGAGCAGCCAUAGAAAUGCUCUUAAACUACUAGGUUGUUGCCUUGAAUUCUCUGCACCAGCAUUAGUUUAUGAACACGCUGAAUAUGGACCUUUAAAUUAUGUGGGAGGUAUUGAUGGUGAUCAUUCGCCCUUAUCUUGGAAGAUGAGGUUGAAAGUUGCAAUAGGUACUGGAAAUGCUAUAGCUUAUCUCCAUAAUGCAUUCUCUAGGCCUAUAGUAAAUAGAGACAUAAUUCCUUCACACAUCUUUUUGGAUAAAGAUUAUGUUUCCAAGUUUUCUGAAUUUGGUUUUUCCAUAAUAAUUCCCGAAGGGGAAACACACGUUGAAGAUGAAAUUGUAGGGACAUUAGGAUUUCUUGAUCCUAACUAUUUCCAAACAAGCCGUGUCACAGAGCAUUCUGAUGUUUACAGCUUCGGAGUUCUUCUACUUGUCCUUGUUACUGGGAAAAAUAGUUAUGAAAUGAUGGAACAUGAAGAGAAAUUGGGUACGAUCACUAAGUAUGUAAUUGAUUUGGCCGAAGAGGAGCAGUUCAGAGAAAUUGUGGAUUCUGAAAUUUUGGGAGGAGGAGGAAUAUAUGAAGAGAAAGAAGAAGAAUUUAAAGCUUUCAUAAAAUUGGCUUUGAGUUGCACUAAUUUGGGAGAAAGACCAUCAAUGAUUGAGGUGGUGAAAGAACUUAUCAAGAUUGAAAGAUUGUCCCCUUCCUAGUUCCUACAACACGAUAGACUAUGAAAGCUUAAUCAAUGGAAGAUUCAAUAGAAGCGUAUAUGGAAGCGCUUCUAUUGGAAGCUUCCAUGGAGGCGCUUCCAAUGAAAGCUUCAAUGGAAGCGCUUCCAAUGGAAGCUUCAAUGAAAGCGUUUGCUUCCAAUGGAAGCUUCCAUGGAAGUGAAAAAACUAGCUUUGGUGAUCAUAUGGAAUAAACUUUCAAUUUGGUGAAGGAGUUGAGUCAUUUAACCAGAUUUGGCUAUCGGCAAUAGCUAAAUAUUCCACAACUACACGUGUGCUACUAAAUAUCUCAUUCAGUAAAAUAUUUAUGAAGAGUUUUUAUUGUUUUUCUUUCUAGAAAAUUGAAGAGUUGUAUUAACUUAACUUGGAGUUUUUUCUUUUCUUUCCCUUUUCGAAAUACAUGGAGUUUUGUUGGUAGCACAAACUCUUAGACUUAGAGUUGUUAAUGUUUUAUGGGUUUAUAUUUUUUUGGACUCUGUGUUUUAUCUUAUUAUCUGUUUGGAUUUUGU